ACACAAAGCCGCGUGCAAAAUGACAGAAGAAGAAGCAUAAGCACAUAUUUUCCACAUCAAGUUCCGAAUUUUUGACAAUUAAACUUAGACUAUUUGAUGGCUUUUCCCACCACAAGUGCCCAGCAAGCCGAGACGAACCGCAAGAUACUCGAGGAGAUUCAGACGAAGAAGCAGCUGCUGGCGGGCGGGAUCAUAAACUUGGGACUGACUGGCACUGCGAAUCAGAUGCCAGCACCUCCAUUGCUGGGACAGCCGACAACAGUGACUUCACCCGAUUUCCAGGUGGGCGUGGGCAUUGCCACCAAUGCCACAUCCACCGCCCGCUCUGCAUUUAAUCCGACGAGCUCUACAACUCUGGGCUUCUUUGUACCUCAGGAUUCGUAUUUUGGAAACAGUUUUAUACCCGUGCUGCCUCGUCUGGAGCCGCUGCCGUCGCCCGCGACCACACCCACCGCCACCACAACCAGCCCCCAAAGCGUUCCGAGUAUCAGCAAAUCGUAG